CUCGGCUGCUAUAAGGUGUGAGUGUACAAAGCACAACCAACCUGCACCAAGCCCAUUUCCAGACUCUGUGAAGAGACCUCUAUUUUCAUCUUUAACCAUGGCAUUCAGUGGAACAUGGCAAGUCUAUGCCCAAGAAAAUAUUGAGGCAUUCUUGAAAGCUAUUGGUCUGGCAGAUGACAUUAUUCCAGUUGCCAAAGAAGUCAAACCGACCAUUGAGAUCCAGCAAAGUGGAAAUAAUUUUACAGUCACAUCCAAAACUCCAAAACAUUCCACAACAAACAGUUUCACUAUUGGAAAAGAAACUGAAAUAACCACUAUGAAUGGAACUAAACUUAAGUGUACCGUUAACAUGGAAGAUGGAAAGCUUGUGUGCAAGACAGAAAAGUUCACCCACAUUCAGGAAGUUCAAGGAACAGAAAUGGUCGAGACGCUAACAGCUGGGUCAGCCACUUUGGUCAGAAGGAGCCGGAAAGUUUAAUUCAUUAGAAAUGACAUUCAUUAUUCUUAUUAACUUUGUACAAUAAAGUUGUUGAAAAUUAA